AGACAAUGUGCUUGGUCUAUAAAUGGUCCUAAAUAGUCACUAAUAAUUUUGACAACUUCAAAAAUGUGGCAAUUUCUUAAAAUAAUAAAACCCUUCCAAUAUCAUAAGUUCUACCGUUUCCAGAAAUGCAAUCUUGUGAUCCAGUCAGAACUUUACGACAAAACUAUACCAAAUCUUAUUCUCAAAAAAGAUUCCAAAGUAAUAUGCCAAGGAUUUACAGGAAAAGCUGGAACCUUACAUAGCGAACUAACCAUAAAAUAUGGUACGAAAAUGGUUGGAGGUACAAAUCCCAAGAAAGGAGGGCAAAAACACCUGGGAUUGCCAAUAUUUAAAACUGUUAAAGAAGCCAAGGAAGCAACUAAUCCUCAUGCAUCUGUUCUUUAUGUUCCUCCUCCAGCCUGUGCUGCUGCCAUUAUGGAAGCUAUCGAGUCGGAAAUACCACUGAUUGUUUGUAUCACAGAAGGGGUACCCCAGCACGAUAUGGUAAAAGUGAAACAUGCCUUACUUAGGCAAUCUAAAAGUCGACUUGUGGGUCCUAAUUGUCCUGGAAUUAUUGCAUCCGGAAAAUGUAAAAUUGGUAUAAUGCCUAAUAUGAUACACAAAGAAGGAAUAAUUGGGAUUGUAUCUAGAUCAGGUACUCUUACUUAUGAGGCUGUAGCUCAAACAACAAAUGAAGGUUUGGGUCAAACAUUGUGUGUAGGUAUAGGAGGCGACCCAUUUAACGGCACCAACUUUAUAGACUGCCUAAAAGUAUUCCUAGAGGAUCCUGCUACAAAAGGUAUAAUAAUGAUUGGAGAAAUUGGAGGAGAAGCUGAAGAAAAAGCUGCUGAAUUUUUAUAUGAAUACAAUUCAGGUCCUUCAGCCAAACCAGUCGUGGCAUAUAUAGCAGGACUAUCUGCUCCACCGGGUAGAAGAAUGGGACAUGCUGGAGCUAUUAUUUCUGGAGGAAAGGGGAAAGCCUCUGACAAAAUAAAAGCUCUGGAGGAUGUUGGAGUGGUUGUAGCCAAAUCUUUAACACAAAUUGGUCCUGCUUUAGUUAAACAAAUGAUAAAAUAUAAAUUAAUACCAAGUCGAGCUCCGGUACCAACAGGGACAACAGGAAAAGUUGCUGCAACAUCCGCAUCAUCAAAAGCACAAAAUAAGUGUACACCAGCAAUACGUAAAGCAUAAAAAUGGUAAAGUUAGAAUUAUA